AUGGCUGAUAUUUCGCAACUCUUGCAGCGCAUUAAAGUUGAAGAUUUCGAGAAUGUGGACAAGUUCUACUUGACUUCGAAAGUCGAUACUCAAACUGUGGCAAGGAAACUCAUGUUCGAGACCAUGAAAUGUAUGCCGAAUUGGGAGAAUCUGAAGCCAUCCGGCGACAAAGAGGAACUGGAGAAAUAUCUGGCUCAUCAAGAGGUGAGAGCCAAAACCGUUCAAAGAAGAUUGGCUAUAAAGAGAAUGAGUCUGAAUUCGAAGACAUCGAAAAGGUUGAAGGUCAAAGAAGAUUGGCUGGAAGAACAGGUGUCGGUGGUGGCUCAUUUCUCCUCGAGUUCAACAAAAAGAGGGUCGGCUCAACGGAAACAAGGGAAAAUCGAGAACGAUUGGCUGAAGUUUUCU